CUUGUACAAUGCUGUUAGUCAUCAGCUGUCACACAGAAACAUAAAGGUAACGUGUAAAUGUUGUUAAUGGAACUUUCUGUACAUGGCUAAUAAGUUUUGUAAUAUUGUAAAUUAACUAAAUGAUACAAAAUUCCUUAAGCGAUAAUGCAAUUUGUAAAAUCAAAUGUGGGAUUUAUAGAACAUGGGAUGAGUCUUGCAUUCUGUUGGUCAGAUGGGUAGCAUUUUCUGUCCAUUGCAAAAGGAAAAGAAAAGCAUUUUUUUGUUUAAGAUUCUAGAAGGAUAAAACAAAGCACUUACUUAUUAUUGAAAUGCUACCAACUGAUAUUUACACCCAGAUAAAAAUGAAUUAUUUAUGUUUCAUAUUUAAUGUUAUAAUAAAUAAUGAAAACCAUCUGAUAAAUUCACAAUAUACCAGUACUUUGUACUAAUACAAGUAUAAUACCCAGCGUUCAGUCUGUAUUCAAACAAUAGCAUGACCAAUAUUAAUUACCGGUACUUAAAAAAUUAUUUCUUCCUGUUUUGUGAAAACCACAGAAUAUUAUCAGGAAAUUCCUAACUAAACUUCCUUUUCAAAUUAUCUUUCAGUCCUUUUAAAAAUAUUUGAUAUAAUUUAGGGAAGUUUUACAAUCCCCUUCUAAAUAUUUAUGUAAUUUCCCUUGAACUCAAAUAUAUCAGUUGAUGUAUAAUUCUGGUUAGUCUAAACAUAACUUAUUUUCUCUAAUUAAGCAACCCCUACAACAAAUUUGUACGUAUAAAUCCUUUAUAAAAUGUAAUAUUGAGCAUUAUUGGGAGGGGCGGGCCCUGAAAAUUUGAUGAAACACACAUACAAGUAACGCACUUUAUAAGAAUUCCCCGCCCCCUCCCUCCUAAACAGCACAUUUUUUUUCAAGCCCCUUAACUAUAUUAAUAUUCUAAUGACCCACCCGCUAUUACACCGCCGAUUUAUUUCACCGACUAUUUCAGACAAACAAAAGAAAAUUUUACACACCAUACACAUUUUUUUUAAAGAAUCUCAUUUAGUGCAUUUAUCAGGAAUUUUAUUUUGUGAAAUCAUCAUAUUUCCAUAAUCUUCCCCUUGAAAAACAGGAAAAACUGAUUUUUGGGGGUUGGGGUGUGGGGCUGAAAAUUUGAAAAAAAGUGUUGUCAUCUGCAACGAGUCUAUGAGCCAGGUCCAGCUUGAUAGGUUGACGGGAAGUCGGUCAAAUAGCCGUCCGACGAUUGUUUCAGGCAGCCACGAACAAAAGCGAAGUUAAUAUAAAUGAUUUAAAACCAAAGUGCUAUUAUUGAGUUACCACCAACAAGGUCAGCACACCAUGAUAUAGGAUGAAUACAAGUUACAUAACUGACUGACUGACUGAUUUGUAUUCUUUUUAAAAAUAUAGCUUAAAUCCUUAUUAAUUUUUACUUAUCAUGUAAAGUGCUCCACUACUUCCAGUCCACCAAUGAGGAUUUGAGGCUGAAGACUGCAGAUUUUAUGAGGUCUCACAGUGAUGAUUUUCUCCCUUUCCUUACCAACCCAGACACUGGGGAUAUGCUGACACCAGGUAGAUUCACAUAGUAAAUCUUUGUUAAUAAUUAUAUAAUAACAAACCUCUUGUGAGCAAAGUCAGUUCAAAGGUUGCAUUAUUUUAUCAAAAUUAAUUAAAAGUUGAUCUUAUUACAAAAGAACUGGUACUACUUUUCAAUGCAAGGAAGGUCUUUUUAUGUCAUGGUCGACAACAAAAUUUUCACACCAGCCAAAAAAAACAAACAAAUGGAGUUAUUUAAUUUGAAAAACAACUGAUUGUUCUACAUAGCAGUGCAGAAAGUUAACUUUGAACCCUUUAUCUUUUCAUGUUUUUUUAUAUAAUUUCUUUGGAAAUAUUAAUUAUGAGCACAUUUUAUUAAGAAAGAGCAUUGAUAAAAUAUUUAUCAUAAUAAUUACAAUUAUUUCCAUGUCUGGUUUCAGAGGAAUUUGAAAAGUAUUGUGAUAAGACAGCGAAUUCUCCAACAUGGGGAGGACAAAUAGAGGUAGGAUCAUUAUUUCAAGAAAAUAUAAAAUUUAUGAAAUGGAAAAUGCUUUUUUGUGGGUUGUAUUUACUGAGCUGAAAUGAGUCUGUAGUUUUGGGGUGUUUUUUUUGAACAAAAAAUGAAAGUGAUAAUUUUAUAUUUACAUGGUUUUAUAGUCACAUGGUAAUAGAAGAAUAUUAUGUGUUUGCUUAGAUCAAUUUUGGUCAAAGUCAUUGCAACUAUUCUUUACCAAGAAUUCGAUGAAUUGCUUUUGCAGCUUAGAGCAUUAUCAGAAGUAUUGAAAGUCCCAAUUGAAGUUCUACAAGCUGACAUGCAACCCCUUGUUAUAGGCGAAGGUAUAGAAGGGAAACCAUUAACUGUUGUGUAAGUAACUUCAUGGUGAAGUAGCUUUUGCUGUCUUGAUUUUGUUCCCUUAUUUUUACCAAGGCUGAUAUAACUUUGUUCCUUUUUAAAUAAAGAUGGACAUUAUAUAAUAUUCCCCAGUUAUUUUUCAUUUUGUUAAGUACCGGCAAGUGAUUUUCCGGAGUCACUUGCAAACCGCACCUCCUUAGCACCUUCAUGAUUCCACCACCGGGGGUUAACAAUGCUUUGACAGCACAUCAUCUUAUUUGAUGUUAUUUAUGACACUGUUUUUUAGAUUAUUGUUACAUCUUUUGAAAAAAAUUGAUGACCAAGCUGUUAUUUUGUAUUAAAGGACCCACUACUUGGAAUAGUUCAGGUCAUAUUACUGGUAUAUCAAUUUCUUGUCACUACGGUAUAUAAACUUAACAUCAAUGUUUCCACUUGUGUUGAAAAAAAGCUGGCAGGUUGGGGGUUAUUUUACACCUGGGAUUUAGGAGGGUUAGAGAACGUGUUUUAUAUUUAAUGUGUAAAAUCUAUUUUUUUUUAAAUUAAAGGCUUCUCUAUGCAACUGUUACUAGCAACUGUUAUGACAUUUGGACACUUCUGAAAUUAAUUUUUUAUAUAUAUAUUUCAAGUUUAAUUCAAAGGUGAUUUAUUUAAAAUCCUAUAGUUUAUCAGAUAGGUAAAAUAGUGUAAGCUUGUUGGAACAGAUUUUUACACUAGUGUUGAUAUUUGCAGGACUAUUUUAACAUGAAGGUGAUUUAUUUCUUACAGUUACCACCGACAUGUGUUUCGCCUUGGGGAACAUUACAACUCUGUCACACCAGCACUCCAAAAUGAUGAAGAUGAAGAUAGUACCUUGAAAUAACACCUUUUUAUGCACCUUGAAAUAACACUUUUUUAUGUACCUCACUUACAAUUUUAAAAUUUGUCUGGCCGACAAAUUAUUUGAAUGAACUGUUAAAAAGUAUUGGAUUAAAUGAGUGUUGAGGACUGAAGGAACAAUUUUAAAGCCAUUCAAAUUCAAUGGACAGAAUUAAUGGAAUGCUUUAAAUUUUUAAAUAGAAGUGUUUAAGAAUUCUAAUACCGAAAUGUCAAUAGAUAAAUAACACUGAAUAUAAAUGGUGUUUGAUUCUGCAUUUAUAAGUUAGAUGCAACUUUGGAAAUAAAUAGUUAAGAGAUUAUUUUAUCGUAAUUUAUAGUGGAGUUGUUUCAUUUGUUUUAUUAGGUAUUUGAAUCUUGCUUAAAAAAAAAAGAGUUUUAGUCACUUUAACUUAAUGUCUUCUGUAAAAUAAAAUCUGUCCAAUAUAAGAAAUAUUAUAGACUUUUUAUUAUAGCAGGUACAAAGAGCUGCUAAGAGAAAGAAACUCAGGCAUCACCUGAGCUGCUUCAUAGAACCUGUUAAUUUUAAUGUCAAUAAAAAUUUACCAAAGCUGGUGUUUGCUUGUGAAAAGUUGACAUGUAAAUGUAGCGCCAGCAAUGGAUUAAGAUGUGUUGAUAGUGAUAGUAAUAUAAUUAUUAUUUUGAAACCAACUCAUUUGAAAUUUGCUGAAGUCAGCUUUAACUAUAAUUAGUACUGGCAAAAGUACCGUACAUGACUAUAAGUGGAUACUGAGAGCUAGCUUUCACGAUUUUCAUUAUUCUUGGUCCUUGGCCUCGACUAGUAAAAUGACUUCUAGUUCUGUUGAGUGCACCACUAACUUCCACAGAGAGACCAAGCCCUAGUUUGUUAUUAAUUCUUUAGACUGGCUUGAUCAGUUGUGUGCAUACUCAGUAUAAUUGGUAAAUAUUAAUACCGUUACAGUAUUAUAUGCAUUGUUAACAAAGAAAAUGUUCAUUUUGAAAAUCAGUUUUUUAAAUCUAUUAUUAGCACACUCAGCUGAUUUCAAUUUCAGAUAGCAGUUUGAAUAGUCUUUGUAAAUAAAAUUUUUA